AUGGUCCCAAAUGAAAGUCAUCUGUAUAAAGGCGUGGUCCAAUUGCUUCUACAUUUCAGAUGGACAUGGGUUGGGCUACUUGCUGUGGAUGAUGAUACAGGGGAACAUUUCUUGGACAACCUGGAGAAGAUGUUCCACAAAAAUGGAAUUUGUUCUGCUUUCAGAAGAAUGCUCCCUAAGCAAGGUCUCUUUCUUCCACUUGAUGAACUUGGAGAGAUGGCAUCAAUUGUCUAUCAGACCUUCAUGGAUAGGCAAGCUAGAGCAUGCAUCAUUUAUGGUGAAAGUAUGACCCUUCUGUGGCUGAGCACUUUAGUGCCUCUAGCAGAUCAUCAAUACGAAGCAAAAAUAUCCCUUGGAAAGAUAUGGAUUACAACUGUCCAGAUUGAUUUUACAGUGACAUCCUUCAUUACUCGUACUUUUUUUAAAAUUUUCCAAGGGACUAUUUCCUUCUCUAUUCACUCAAAUAAGCUUCUGGGGUUCCAAGCCUAUCUUCAGAAUAUAAAGCCUUUUGAGACAGAAGGAAGUGGCUUUCUCAAGAAAUUCUGGGAGCAAGCCUUUGGGUGUUCACUUCCAAAUUUUCAAGAAUCUGAUGACGUCGAUGGUAUAUGCAACGGUAAUGAGAAGUUAAGAGAUCUCCCUAGCCCUAUUUUUGACAUGUGCAUGACUGGUCAGAGUUACAGUGUGUACAAUGCAGUCUAUUCCAUAGCACAUGCUCUACAUGCUAUGUUAUCAUCUAGAUCUCCAUUCGGAGAAAUAAUGAGAAGACAAAGUCUUCAAGAAAUCCAGCCUUGGCAGCUCCACUCAGUUCUUCAAUGCAUUGGGUUUAACAACGCGGCUGGAGAAACAGUGUCCUUUAAUGAAAAUAGAGAACUGGUUGCUGGAUUUGAUAUUGUCAAUUUGGUCAUAUUCCCCAACAACUCUUUUAUUAGAACAAAACUUGGAGAACUGAAUCCUCAUGGUUUUGAAGAACAAAAAAUCACCAUCCAUGAAAGUAAAAUUUUCUGGCCAGAGUUUUAUAAUCAGAUGAUUCCUCUUUCGGUGUGUACAAAUUCUUGCAACCCGGGUUAUCAUAAAAAAAAGAAGGAUGGGAAGAAAUUCUGCUGCUAUGGCUGUGAUCAAUGCCCUGAAGGAAUGAUUUCGAAAUGGAAAGAUAUGGACAGUUGUUUUCACUGUCCAGAAGAUCACUAUGCAAGCAGAACAAGAGACAGGUGUUUUCCUAAAGUAAUAACUUUCCUUUCGUACAAGGAACCUUUGGGGAUCAUUCUCUUCUCAGCAGCCUUUUGUUUUUCUUUAACCACAGUCUUGGUACUUGGAAUAUUUAUUGCAUACCAAAAUACUCCCAUUGUCAAAGCCAACAACCGGGAUCUCACCUACAUUCUCCUCCUUUCCCUCCUCCUCUGCUUCCUUUCUUCUUUGCUAUUCCUUGGAGAACCUAACAAGGUAACCUGCUUUCUCCAGCAAGCUGCUUUUGGCAUUAUCUUCUCAGUUGCUAUUUCUUGUGUGUUGGCCAAAACCAUCAUGGUGGUUGUAGCUUUCAUGGCUACCAAACCAGGGUCCAACGUGAGAAGGUGGCUUGGAAGAAAAAUUUCUAGCUUCACUGUUGUUGUAAGCUCCCUUAUCCAAGCAGGCAUUUGCGUGGUGUGGAUGGCAACUUCUCCCCCGUAUCCAGAUUUGGAUAUGCAGUCACUAGCCAAAGAGAUCAUAGCAAAGUGUAACGAAGGUUCUAUCGUCAUGUUUUAUUUUGUCCUGGGGUAUAUGGGAUUUCUAUCCCUCAUCAGCUUCACUGUAGCUUUCCUCGCCAGAAAGUUGCCAGACACUUUCAAUGAAGCAAAGUUCAUUACAUUUAGCAUGCUAAUGUUUUGCAGUGUUUGGCUGAGCUUUGUGCCAACCUAUCUGAGCACUAAGGGAAAAUACAUGGUAGCUGUGGAGAUCUUCUCUAUUCUAGUCUCCACGGCUGGAUUACUUGGCUGCAUCUUUUUCCCCAAAUGCUAUAUAAUCAUACUGCAUCCUGAGCUGAACACCAAAGUACAGCUGAUAAAGAGGAGGAAGAUCUAA